ACGGCGCACGAGGCGGAAGUGCAGGUUCCUCGCGGCUGCUGUCUCUGGGCGGGCGGAGGGAGGCUCCCGAGGCGGGGGCCGGGCCGGGAUGGCGGCAGCCGGCGCCGCGGCCUGGGCGGCCCAGGAGAAGCAGUUCCCGCCGGCAUUGCUGAGUUUCUUCAUUUACAACCCGCGCUUCGGACCGCGCGAGGGAGAGGAGGAAAAUAAAAUUUUGUUCUAUCAUCCAAAUGAAGUAGAAAAGAAUGAAAAAAUUAGAAAUGUUGGAUUGUGUGAAGCUAUUGUACAAUUCACAAGGACCUUCAGUCCUUCAAAACCUGCAAAAUCUUUGCAUACACAGAAGAAUAGACAAUUCUUCAAUGAGGCAGAAGAAAAUUUUUGGAUGGUCAUGGUUGUUCGGAAUCCUAUCAUCGAAAAGCAGAGCAAAGAUGGAAAACCAGUUGUUGAAUACCAAGAAGAGGAGUUGUUGGACAAGGUGUACAGUUCAGUGCUACAGCAGUGCUACAGCAUGUACAAGCUUUUUAAUGGUACGUUUCUGAAAGCCAUGGAAGAUGGAGGUGUCAAGCUCCUAAAAGAAAGAUUAGAGAAAUUCUUCCACCGGUAUCUGCAAACGCUGCAUCUACAGUCCUGUGACCUCCUGGACAUUUUUGGUGGAAUCAGCUUCUUCCCAUUGGAUAAAAUGACUUAUUUGAAAAUCCAAUCCUUUAUUAAUAGGAUGGAGGAGAGCUUGAGUGUCCUCAAGUACACCGCCUUUCUCUAUAACGAUCAGCUGAUCUGGAGUGGAUUAGAGCAAGAUGACAUGAGAAUUUUGUACAAAUACCUCACCACGUCACUGUUUCCAAGACACAUUGAACCUGAGUUGGCGGGUCGGGAUUCUGCAGUUCGGGCAGAAAUGCCAGGGAAUCUCCAGCACUAUGGAAGGUUUCUUACCGGACCCCUGAACCUUAAUGACCCAGAAGCGAAAUGCAGAUUCCCAAAGAUUUUUGUAAAUACGGAUGACACUUACGAAGAGCUCCAUUUAAUUGUUUAUAAGGCCAUGAGUGCAGCCGUGUGCUUCAUGAUUGACGCCUCCAUACAGCCCACGUUGGAUUUCUGCCGAAGACUGGACAGCAUCGUUGGGCCUCAGCUCACAGUGCUGGCAUCUGACAUUUGUGAGCAGUUUAACAUCAACAAGAGGAUGUCUGGGUCUGAAAAGGAGCCCCAGUUCAAAUUUAUCUACUUCAACCAUAUGAACUUAGCUGAGAAGAGUACCAUUCAUAUGAGGAAAACGCCCAGCGUGUCGCUUACGUCCGUUCAUCCGGAUCUCAUGAAGAUUCUGGGCGAUAUCAACAGUGAUUUCACAAGAGUGGACGAAGACGAGGAGAUCAUCCUGAAGGCAAUGAGUGAUUACUGGGUUGUUGGGAAGAAGUCUGACCAGCGGGAGCUGUAUGUUAUUUUGAAUCAAAAAAAUGCAAACCUGAUUGAAGUAAAUGAAGAGGUAAAGAAACUCUGUGCAACACAGUUCAAUAACAUCUUCUUCUUGGACUGACUGAU